AUGAAGACACUCCUCCCUCUGCUCGUGGCGCCCAUCUGGCACGCCUACGCCAAUGAUGCGUGUCCUCCUAAUCAACUAGAUCGUCAUGGACAGACGAUUUGCCAUGAGAGAGUCACCGUCGUGACAGUCAUGUUUGGACCAAGUCCUACACUGAGCAUCUGCGAUGAAUAUGUCACCAUCACGCGGCCAUAUACUGGUGGUUUGCCUAUUACUGCACCAAUAACAUCUACAAUUCCUCCUCACGACAACGAACCGGGCACGGUUAUAAUUGAAACACCAACUGAUUCUCCUACUCAUCGUCCACCGCCCAGAUACACGACCAUCACGACCGCCUACACGGGCACAUCGCGCAUAUCCGGACCCAUCACCACCACCGUUCCUCCCAAGGGCACAACUCCAGGGACAGUCAUUAUCGAAACACCAACUCCGUCUCCAUCGUCAAAACUCCCUCCCCCAUCCUCCAAACCAGCAGCCUCAUCCGCAAAACCAUCUUCAGCAAAGCCCUCCUCCACCCAUCCCUCAUCGUCCUCCCCUCCCCCCGGACCAACAUUCUCCUGCGACGCAGGCGGCUUCCUCAUCCAACGCAACACCCUCUACCGCCUGGACCUCGCCACUGGCGACAACCCCGUGAUAAAAGACCGCGUCGGCCCCGGCGGCAACAUCAACGCACUAGGCUACAACAUCCUCGACAACUUCCUCUACGCCUUCAUCGCCGUCGCCAACAACCGCCAACAACUCAUCCGCAUCGACGCCGCCGGCGAAGCUACCCUGCUGCCGCUCCGGGUCCCCAACGGCCUCAACGUAGGCGACAUAGACGACCAAGGCCAAUUCUGGGUAUCCGCAAGAGGAAACCGCUGGGAACAGGUAGAUCUGAAGCCUGGCUCACGGACAUUCGGCAAGGUAGUUGCGAAGGGUACUUCGCCGGGCACAGUAGUUGCAGACUGGGUAUACUUGGAAAAUGGCGGUGACUACCUCUACUCCAUUAAGAUUGGGAGUCGGGCGAUCGGCGCCCGCUGGUCGAGGACAAGUCAUACGUGGGAGACUUUAGAUGACUACGGUGAGGUUACACCUGGUAGAGGUGGGUUUGGGGCGUUGUACGCGGUUGGGGAUGAGUUGUACGGUAGUGAUAAUGGGAGUGGUGACAUUUUUGACUUUCCUGUAGAGCAGGGCGGGAAGCCGGCGAUGAAGGUUACGGAUGGGCCGGCGACGGAUUCGAAUGAUGGGGCGAGAUGUUUCAAGGCGCCGCCGCCGGGGAAUUAG